AUGCGGGUGAAUUCGUCCAUACUCACAUUGAUUCCGCACCUCGUGCAGCCCGAUCGCCUCUUCCAACAGAAAACCGACGACCUGUUCUACGGGCACGCGGCACCGCACAGCAACGUCAUGCCCGCGCGACUAGAAACCUUUCACGAGGGCGAAGCCGCCAUGCGGGCCCUACUGCAGGUCCCGCUCGGGCGGAACCCUACUGCCGCCGGCCUGCCGCUGCACUAUGCCGUGCGCGUGGCUACAUCUCCGCUCGCGGCCGUUGGCACGCUCGACGCGCAGGGGCGGCCAUGGACGACGCUCUGGGGCGGCGCUCGGGGCUUCGCCGAGCUCAUCGCUCCCGGCGUGCUGGGGCUGAACAGCUCGGUCGAUACGGCGCAUGAUCCCGUGUACCAGGCCCUCUGGGGAGAAGAAGAACAAGCGGCUCGUGGUGGCGUGGUGCAGCCGAAUGAUGGUGCGGGCAAGAUGAUGGCGGCACUGGCGCUGGACCUGGAAAGCAGAGACCGCGUCAAGCUCAUGGGUGCCAUGGUGGCGGGAUCGGCGGACGUGAAGGAUAAUAAGUUGCAGAUGGCAUUUCUGGUGACUGAGAGCUUGGGCAACUGUCCCAAGUAUUUGAACAGAAAGCGGGUGCAGCUGAGAGCGUACGGGGAGGACAUCGAGGUGGUGGAGGGGGGGCAAGGACGGAUGUUGCCGGAACAGGCGAUCGAGCUGCUGGACGAGGCGGACAUGUUCUUCCUGUCGAGCACUCAUGGCGCGUCCAUGGACACGAACCAUCGGGGCGGCCCGCCGGGCUUUGUGCGCGUGCUGAAGAAUGAGGCCGAUGAGGCUGUCCUCGUCUACCCAGAGUAUUCAGGAAACCGGCUGUACCAGACUCUUGGCAACCUCAAGGUCAACCCACUCGUCGGCAUCGUCGUGCCCGACUUUGCCUCGUCCGACGUGCUGUACCUCUCAGGCAGCGCCUCCAUCCUCGUCGGCCCCGCCGCCGCCGCCCUCUUGCCGCGCACGCCCCUCGCCGUGCAAGUCACAAUCACCGCCGCGCGCUUUGUCCGGCGCGGUCUGCCGUUUCGCGGCACCGACCUGGAGCGGUCCCCGUACAACCCGCCCCUGCGGCACCUGUUUACGGAGCGGGACGCGGUGCCAAGUAAAUUCACCGACCGGCCAGACGUGACGGCGACGCUGGUGGACAGGGAGGUGCUGUCGCCGACGGUGGCAAGGUUCACUUUUAGGCUGGGUGGGGAGAGGGAGAAGAUGAAGUGGCACGCUGGGCAGCAUGUCACGCUGGAUUUUGGCAAUGAACUGGAUCAUGGGUACGCGCACAUGCGGGAUGACGAUCCGCAGAGCCUGAAUGAUGAUUUUGUGCGCACGUUUACAGUCUCGAAUCCGCCGCCGCCGGACACGGCAGCGGCAGAAAAGAGUAUUGAGCUGCAAAUCACGGCACGGAGAAGUGGCGGCCCCGCGACGGGCCUCCUCUGGCGGCAGAACCUGCGCGCGCCGCUCGCGAUUCCCGUUUUAGGCUUUGGCGGCCAGGAAUCGUUUCGUCUCCCCACCACCACCACCACCGCCGCAGCGGAUACGCCGCAGCUGCGGUCAGUAUUUGUGGCGGGUGGUGUGGGCAUCACGCCGCUGCUGGCUCAGGCGCGCGCCGUGCUCGACGCCGGCGUGCCGCUGACGCUGCUGUGGAGUCUACGCGGCGAGGACCUGCCUCUAGCAGAGGACACGUUUGCGCGGAUCGAGGGGCUGGCGGCCGUGACGACGGUGUUUUUCUCGAGCGGCAGUGAUGGAGAGGAGGAGGGUGAGCUGCGGCGUCGGCUGGGGGUCAAGGGGGUGCAGCAGAGGAGGAUGGCAGAGGUGGAUGUAAAGGGGCUCGGGGGACAAGGAACGAGAUUUUAUCUGUGCGCGGGACCGUCGCUGCUCAGAUUGCUGCAGGGAUGGCUGCACGGAGAGGAUGUAGUCUGGGAAGACUUUGGGUAUUGA